AUGGAUGCUAGUCUGUUCAGGGCUGUGGUUUUGAUGAGCAUGCUUGUGCUUGCAAUAGCUCAAGCUGAUAUUAAUCCCUCUUGUACCAAUGCGGUUCCAAAUGGCAACACUCUUUGUCAAGUUGAUGAUGUCUCUGAUCCUUCCAAUACAAAUCAUGUGGUUCCAAAUGGUCAUCUUAUUCCUUGUGGUUUACGAUGUGCUAGAAAAUGCAUGUUGACCCCAAUAUGCCUUUGCAUUUGCAUGAUUAAAUGCAAGUUAACUCUUUCGGAUGUUGUGUAUAAUUAUACACAAAAUGGUGCCAACUCCAUUGCCAUCACAAGGAUUAUUGAGGUAAUGUUAAGAUAUAACGAACACUCACAAAAAUUUCACUCCCUUGGGAAGUUUAGAUAA